AUGCUCCCCACCCCCUGCACCGCGCACGUCUCCUUCGACACCGUGUACGAGCCCUCCGAAGACUCCUACCUCUUCCUCGACACGCUCUCCUCCGCCUCCGAAUCCGCAUGGCUCUCCGCACGCUUCAACCCUGACACCACCACGCCCAGCGCCACCCCCCUCCUCCUCGAAGUCGGCUCCGGCUCCGGCGUCGUCGUCAGCUUCGUCGCAGCCAACGCGCACGACAUCUUUCGCCGCCGCGACGUCCUCGCCCUCGCCACAGACGUCAACCGCACCGCAUGCCUCGCGACCCGCGAAACCGCCCGCAAGGCCAUCCGCGACCGCCAGCACGACCACCCCCCACCGCGCCCCGUCUACGCCGCCUCCCUCAUGGCGGACCUCGCCGCGCCGCUCCGCCCGCGCUCCGUCGAUGUCCUCCUCUUCAACCCGCCGUACGUGCCGACGGAGGACCUGCCGCCGCUGCCGCAGCAGAGCGAGCAGGACGCCAGCGGGCUGUCGCGGUCCGCCAAGUUUGAGCGCGACUCGUAUUUCCUGUCGCUGACGUAUGCGGGCGGCCGCGACGGGAUGGAGACCACGGACCGCUUGCUGGAGGAUAUCCCGAACAUGCUGGACCCGCGCCGCGGCGUGGCGUAUGUGUUGCUGUGUGCGCAGAACCGGCCGGCGGAGGUGCGCGAGCGCAUCUGCGCGUGGGGAGACGGGUGGAAUGCGGUCGUUGUUGGGAAUAGCGGGGUGCAGGCUGGGUGGGAGAAGUUGGUGAUUGUGCGGAUUUGGCGGGAUGUAUAG